UCGAUCAUUAUUCACAUAAACCCGACAUAUUGUAUAGCGUGCGUUCCUUCUUUCUCGUUCUAAAACUCUUGAACACGGUACCUAACAAAAUGGGUUUCCAGAAUAUUUGGUAUUCUCACCCACGUAAUUAUGGCCAAGGCUCACGAUCAUGUCGUGCCUGCGCCAACAAACAUGGUCUAAUCCGCAAAUACGGUCUCAACCUCUGCCGUCAGUGCUUCAGAGAGUAUGCCGCCGACAUUGGAUUCAAGAAGUUGGAUUAAUUUCAAUGUAACGGAGGAUUUCACGCCUUAAAUGGAUCCAUUAACUUAACUCAAAAUCAUUAAAAUAAACUACCAUCAAACAAAAUGUUGCUUUUAACUGAGUAAAAAAAGUAUAAUUUGUAAAUGGCAAAGAUCCAGUAAAGGCGAUUUAAAAAUAAAUAAUUUUUAUUUAUUAAAACA